AUGAAUGGAGAUUGGCACAACGUCAACGGUGGGGGGCUCCCAUUCCGGAGACCUCCUCCCACUGUUGACGAUGCUCUCCCAUAUUCGCCUUUUACCUCGAUUAUCCCAUUCUCACCGGAUAUAAUACCUUUCCCUACGGCCGAGCCUCCAACUCCGCCGACAACCUUGACUCCAGAUCAACAAAAGGCCGCGAAGAAAGCCGUGGGCAUCUUGAACGACGAAAUCGAGGGCCAGUCUACUGCGCAACACCUACACGAUACCUUGAAGCAGCUCCGCAAUCUUCUCCAUCGGGACAAACUACCAGAGUACCAUUUCAAACCCAUGCCGCAGUUAGCGACGCCUCCUCCAGACAGUCCUGGCAAAGGCACAAAUGGAGAAUCUUCAGGGUAUACGCCCGCGCUUAGCCCAUUUGCGCGCAUGUUGCUGAAACAAACGGAUGUUACGUUUACUACACCGAGCGUCACGGCAUCCGAACGACCUCGCAAAGAGCGCUCACCUCCCAGACAGCCAGCUGCUCCGCAACCAAUCCGUGUGGCACCUCAAAUUUCUUCCACUCCAAAUGGCAGUGCCCAUGCUCGAAAGGCAGAUGUCCCGUACCCGUCCAGCACUCUUUCAUCCGCUCCGAGUAGCACGGCUGUUCGUCCUCCAGGACCGGCUGUGAUUAUAAAGCCAAAAGCUGUUUCGCGAGAAGAGUUCAGGUACAUUGAUAGCAUCAAUACAUCGGAAAUUUCUUCGCAAAAGCAGGAAGACAAAAGAGUACAGAGUGGAGCUGCUGUUUUAAGACCUCAUGAACGAGAGAUCGCGGACAGGAAGAUUGACCUGCUGGACACACUCGUUACAAAUCUAACAGAGGACAAGGACGACCUCGAUGGGUCGCAGCAUUUCAGCAAGAUCAUAACGCCUGAUGGCGAAUUCAACGUACUCAAACCGCGGGCGAUGGAUAACCUCUCAGAAAAGAUGUCCGGUGUAGUCAGUCUAGGACGCUUUGAUGCACUUCCUGUAGAACUGGUUAUGCAGAUACAAUCGCUCCUUCAUCCUACUGUUCUGUCAACAACCAAGAACGGGCUUUUUUCACGAGACGAGGCUACUCUGGAGCUUACUGAGAGCAUCACAACUGCCAAGUUUGCACUGAAAUCUUCGAAGCUCCUACUUGAGACUAUGAUUGAAGGCCGCGACGACUAUCGUAUGCGACGAGAAGAAAUCGUCGAUACCAUCAUCGAUCUUAUCAAGCUAGUCAAAGACGCAUGUAUCAUUCCCAUUGUCCAAUCGCGGCGAUCGGGCGAGUCCCAAGAUCUUUUCAACACCGCCUCAGCUUAUAGACAAGACCUGCAAGCAGUAUUGCGCCUAUCUGGAGCUGUGCUUACUCGAUUUGCAACAGUCAUAGGCAAAUACAAUUUGUCUGACCGAGCUCUCAACACCCUGGAGUACCUGACCCUUGAACUUCUAGUGGAGCAAAAUAGCGAAAAUGAAAAAGACUCUGUUUUUACCAUUAGGAAGUUUGAACACUUUCGCCAGAAGGCGAUGGAUGUUUUGGCUCAGAUUUUUGCGAGAUAUCCAGAUCAACGGACGUCAAUCCUCAGCGGAAUUUUCAGCAAUCUGGAAAAGCUUCCUGAUAAGAAGGCAAGCGCUAGGCAAUUUGUAUCUGCUCGAGAAGUGCCUAUCAUGACAAUUUCCGCGCUAUUCAUGCGUUUCGUUCAGGUUGUUGCGACAAACCCUGGUCCUCGUACUACGUCAUCGGCCGACAGCGAGAUCAAAGAUGUAAUAGUUGAAGAUGAUCGUGCGUCAAACACUUCAAAGUCGGGUGACAAGCCAUUCCGCAAUCUUCUGGAUCUCUUCAUCGACGAUUUUUGCAACGUUCUCGGGUCUCCUCAAUGGCCGGCUGCUGUGAUGCUUCUACAAGUUCUUUUGGUACGAAUGAGGACGAUACUUCAGGACGACCAAGCAAACAAGCACUCUGUAGUCGACAAAGAUAUGGCUCUUACGACAAUGGCGAGGAUAGGCUGUGGUGUGAUUGACUUCAAAGACCAGCUGAAGAAGCUGAAACAAAGGCUAGACGUUUCGCAGUCGGACUUGUCAUCGAAACUAGAUCGACUCGUGAAUGAAGCCAUGAGUGAGGAUCAAAAGGAACGCGUUAAUGACGUGGAUCUACUUGCCUUCGAAGGUCCUUACCGCAUGGUCAUUGAGUCUUUGGUUGAAUAUCUCGACCUUCGACCAUCCCAGGAAGACCCCCACCUUCAAGCAACAACUGGCUGUUAUGUCAGUUCCUGGCUCACAGCUGUUACAAAGGCAUUCCCUGAACCGAAUCAAGAUAGCCGGCCAGAACCCAUCCAAACAGUUCAGCAAUGCCUCGAGAGUAUGAUCGUCGACCCUAAAUGGCUAGCUCGGAAAUAUAAGUUUCAACCAGUCUCGGACGAUCAAAGCAAGCUGGCCGCUGGUGUAAUCACGCUCCAAAGCCAAGUGUGCAGAUACCUCUCGCAGAUUGUCAACUUCAUGCAACUCUACGCUCAGGACAAAAUUUCACCUAAGCUUCGAUCACGAGGAACUACGGCAUUGCAGCAACUGCUAGACAAAGAUCCCAAGGUUAUCUCCGAAGGCCAUGUCAUCAAUAUGAUCUCCUCGCUCAGAGAUAGCUCACCCAUGGUUCGCGAAGCAACGUUGUCCUUACUGUCCAAUUGCUUAGCCAAGGAGCCCUCUCUGGAGAGACAUGUCCUGCCACAGAUAUUGGAUAUGACGACCGAUCCUUCGAAUGGACCGAAGAAGAAGGCAAUCAAGCUUCUCAAAGAGAUAUACCUCCGUUCCAACUCAAAGCAGGUUCGACUCAAGAUUGCUGCUCCACUGCUCCUCCCCUCGCAAGAUGAUGAGAGCACAAUUGCGGAACUGGGUCGGAACGUCCUCGAAGAGAUAUGGUUGACGACUGCUAGCUCGGGCACGAAAACCGAUGACAGUCAGCAUCGUCUGAACCGUGAGCAGAGAGCAGCAUUCAUGGUGGACCUCCUGGAAUCUGUAGGCCAAAGCACAGUGCACUUGGAGGCUUUCGAAAAGUUCUUCAUUCAUUGUGUAUCGCCUGAAUCCAAAGCACCUGCUGCAAAUCUGCGCAUUUGUGGAGAACUUGUCGCAGAUUUGGUCGACGAAGUCAUUGAUCCAGGGAAUGGAACAGACAACAAGUCCCAGACACGUGUCAUGAAUACCCUGAGUGUCUUCGCGAGGAUCAAACCUACUCUCUUCUCGGUGGAUUACCUCAGGCAUCUCAAGCUCUACAUCAAGACAAUUGUUAACACGGAUGACGUAGCCCUUGUACGGCCAACAGUUGUAGUAUUCCGCCAUGUGUUGCCAACGCUCCCUUCACUUCAACAUGCUUUCGCGGAAGAGAUUCGGGGAAGUCUGAUGCGUAACGUUCCAAAGCUGGCUAAAUUCGCAUCCUUGGGUUGGCCUACAAGUCGCGAGACUCUCCUCGAUGUUGUCCAUUGUUUGUGGGCAAUCAGUGGGAUAUCGAGCAUAGGUGCCGAAAAGAUCUUCGUUACCACCUGCUCUGUGAUCAGCCAACUUCGCCCGUUAUUGUCAUCGGCCCAUAUAUUGGCGUCAGCCAAGGAGUCUGAAGUGGAAAAAGAGAAAGAGGAUGCGACCAAGUUGAAAGAGAAGAUACUUUCGUAUCUAAUCCUACUAGGUGCUUUUGGUCAAGUUUGCAGUCUCGAUCAACAUGCCGAGCCUUUCGUGGCUAAACUCCGCACUACUAUCAGCAAGAACGAGGCUCUCAAGAAGCAGAUGGAGCCAUCCCUAAAUCAAAAGUCACCACCUCCGCCGUCGCUUCUCCUGUUGGAUACUGUUCGGCCCUUCACUAUGCAGGCUUGGGAGCUAGACAUUCGCGAGCAAGCAUUACAAAGUAUGGGUGGCAUCUGUCAGCAGUCACCGGAGCAUUUUAUGCGCUCCGAAGUGGAAAAGGUCGUGAAGCUCGUCUUCAUCAACGAGGACAAUCACUCCUUGAGGCAUGUCGCGCUCUCUUUCUUCAGGCAGUUUUUUACUGUUGCUGAACGGCGUUCCGAAACAGGCGCACAAAUCGCCAUUGGUAAAGGAGCUGUGAAUGGCUCAGCUCGAUUGGAAACCUCAUUCGCGGCCACUGGAAAUGACCAAGCAACUUUACAUCUAGCCCAGAGAUUUCUGGAGGACUUUGUGAAGGCUGCUUUGCAGAACAAGAACGAGCUCGCUGUCAUUGCCACUGACAUCAUCGCCAGUAUCAGUCGCCAAGGACUUGUUCAUCCGAAGGAGUGUGGUGCCGCACUCGUGGCCCUGGCUACUUCACCAAAUAAAAGCUUGGCUCAGGUGGCGGGCGACGAACACAGGCGCAUCCAUGAGAAGCAAGAAUCAUAUCUGGAGAAAGAAUACAUGCAAGCCAUACAUAUGGCUUUCAGAUAUCAGCUGGAUUUGUUUAACGAUCCACGAGGAAUGGUUGAAGCUACCCAUACUCCGAAGCUUGCAAAACUUUUCGAGGCGCUGAAGACUGGAAAAAAAGCAAGCCUGAAGAAGUUCAUUGCCAACUUCUGCAAGCAAAUUGACUUUGAUCUCUCGAAAUUGGAUGCCAGUGGACCGGUGCCAGAGGCUGUGUUAUACGCCCGUUUCUGUCUAGAGAACCUGGCCUUGCUCGACUUUCCGCAUCAAGAAGAAUUAGCAGUGUUUCUCAACGCAGUCGAAGCGAUGGUACUGAACACAACCGGACCUGCAGUGGGAGUUGUCAUCGCAGAAGAGCUUCCAAAACAAUACAUUCAGGUGGAGCAGCCACAGCCAAUGGACCCGUUUCAGCAACAUAUGAUGGCUGCUGGACCUAUGAACGGAAUGCUACCGUCGCAACCGCUACCACCAAUGAUUCAAACUGUGCCUCAGCUCGCACCACCAAACAUCGACGACGGUCGUCUUCGUCAAAUCGCGACAGCCUGUACGAUUCUCCAGAUGGUAUGGGAGACUCGUAGUUUUAUUCGGCGAUGGUAUGGCAUCAAACACAACGGACCUAUUCCUCAAAAGGAAUAUGCCAAACCUGCGACUCGCAAUCACUUGGCUACCACGAGCAAAGAUUUGUGGGAACGCCUAUCUGGUGUCAUGAGCGCCCUGGAUACCCGCGAAAGCAUGGUGAAGCAAUGUUACGACUUUGCAGAUUUGUUAGACAUUGAUCGGGAAACUUUUAUCGACGCAGACGGUGACGAUACUCUGGAUGCAGGAUAUGAGACACCCAAUGAUGACGGCGAGGACAGCAUACCAUUCCCAACUAGUGGCCGUGGUAGGAAGCGGAAGAGCAACGUUACCUUGGGUGGUAGUACGCCUAAAAAAUUCAAGGUCAGGCCGGCGGGAUCGAAGAAGAAGAGAACCUCGCGUACGCCAGAUGGCGACGGUGAUUCAGACUAGGUGCCUUGAUCAGUUCAGCCAUAGUUGAAGGGGGAAGCAAGAAAAUCUGAUAUGGCCGGUCGUAUCAUGAAUGAUCAUUCACAUGCGCGAUACGUUAUCAUCAAGCUUGGCUGGAUUGAUGGAGCGAGUAUUUACUUUUGCAUCUCUUAAACAGCAUUUCAUCGGCGUUAAAAAAAAAAGGCACGUAUAGCAUCGAUACCCUUAGCAAGCGGAUUUAUGUACAUGGCGCGCCAGCGUUCUCAUCAUGGCUAAAACCUGGGUUUUCAUGAGAACGGUGGUUUCGGACCUCAGCAGCUACAGACAUGCGAAAGUUGGUUUCGCCAUGUCGAGAUUUAGUAAUUGAAAUCCAGCAUAUCCAGCAUAAUCUAAGAUAUUUC